AUGACAAUCACCUUACAAGAUGUGGAGGUAAUUUUCGGACUUCCUAUAGACGGUGAGGUCUUAGUUGGACCGACUGCUGUGGAGGAUGGGACUUGGAGGGAUGUGUGCGGGGAGUUGCUUGGAUUUACUCCGCCGAAUGACAAUAAAACUUUGGUGGGCCAAAGAAUUCUCAUCAGCCGACUUGUUGAGGCCAUUGCAGCACCACUGCCUGAGGACGCAACAGAGAUUCAGAUACAUCGGUAUGCCCGGUGCUAUAUUUUAGCGCUAGUAGGGGAUAAACUUUUCAUGGACAAGUCAGGAGAUAGGGUGCAUCUGAUGUUCUUGGAGUUUAUGCGCAACCUUCGUGAUCCGCGACAGUAUAGUUGGGGUAGUGGUUGCUUGGCCUGGUUGUACAGGGAGUUGUGUCGAGCAAGUGAGAAAGGCGCAUCGCAGAUUGGUGGGGCGUGCACCUUGGUCCAGUAUUGGGCAUGGGCAAGGUUGCCAUUCUUGUGCCCGAGGAUAGAGCCCCCACCUGGAUGUGAUUAUGGCCCAUGGCCAUAUGCUCCACUUGCAUUUAAGUGGGUGCGGGUGCGAAGCUCGAAGAGUAGGCCAGGUGGCACGGCCUUGAUCCGCUAUCGCGAGCAAUUAGUGACAAUGCAGCCAGACCAGAUUGUGUGGCAGCCAUAUGAGGCAGACUUCGGCCACCUUCCUGAGUUCUGCGUUGCAGGGAGGGAUACGUGGACAGCCAGGGUGCCGCUUCUGUGUUUUUGCAUAGUAGAGAGACACUACCCGGACCGUGUCCUUCGACAGUUUGGGUUGGCGCAGCAGCAGCCUGACGAUGUUUUCUACGAAGAUAGACUGCAUAAAAUUGACUUACGUGGGAAGGUGGAAAAGAAUUGGAGGGAGGAGCAUGGACCGUAUAUCAUUUCAUGGGAAAUGAGACGACAACAACUUUGUCAUGCACCUCCUCAGAUUGGUGAGAUGCCCCGCGAUCAUGCCUAUUACGUCUGGUACCGUCCGGCCACUCGAAAGUAUGUCGACCGCAACAGUGCUAAAUUAGAUAUAAUGAUUCAAAGCCAUUUAGCGCUGUUGGCGAUGCUUCCUGAAGGCAGCGAAGCUCACAACCAUGUUCGGCGUGUCCUAAAUAAUGUGGUUGGCCUUGGUCGUGAUCCUGUAGCAAAUGAGGAGGCAGACAAUGGCCAUGAGACUGAACCAACAGCUACUGAAAUCCCAAGCACAAGCGCAGCACCCAUAAGUACACGGACCCGUGCUCAGCGUGCUAUUGCAAGCCCAAGCACAAGCGCAGCUAGGGGCCGUGGUCGGCCUGUUACAGCAAGCCCAAGUACAAGUGCAACCAGGGGCCGUGGUAUGCCUGCUACAGCAAGCCCAAGCACAAGUGCAGCUAGGGGCCGUGGUCGGCGUGCAACAACCCCUCGGGUUGUAACUAGUCCUGAGAUGCCUGCACCCAUCCCGCACUCAUCUCCUCAGCCUGAGGUCCCUCCACACAUCCCAGAUGCAUCUCUUCAGCCCGAGGUCCGUUCACACAGCCCACCUUCGCAGCCCAAUUUUGAUCUCGGUAUUGAUUACAAUGUGACCCCUCCUAUACUCCCCGAGACACCCUCUUACCCACCUACCAGCUCUACUGCACCCACUCCUGGCCUCUACUUAGAGCAUCAUUACCCACCUACCGCAUCCUCAUCUGACCCUCUAGGACCUCCGGUUGGGAUUGACACUGUACAGCCACAUACUGAUGUACCAAACGAGCAUCCCCCUCAUCAGCCCUCACCUCCAUGA